ACUGCUCGCCGGACGCUGAUCCCAUUGGUGUGUCGGUGGAUGCAUCGAAUACUGGAGCUGGAGGUGUUAUCUGGCAAGGCAAGAGCGCUGACAAAGCGCGCAUUAUAGCCUUUUGGUCCGGUAGAUUCAACUCUGCAGAGCAAAAUUACCCAGUUCAUGAGCGGGAGCUUCUUGGUAUCGUAUCGACUCUGAAGAAGUACGCUCACCUGCUUUACGGUACCAAAUUCACCGUCUAUACCGACCACAAGCCUCUCGAACAUUUCCUGAAGCAGAAGUCUCUAUCAGCAAGACAACGUCGUUGGUUGGAUCAACUGUCUUACUUCGAUUUCGAUAUUAGCUACAUUCAAGGCACCGCCAACAUCAUCGCCGAUGCGCUCUCGAGAAUUUAUUCCGAUGAGCCGAAAGGCGUAGUUCGUGCGGCUUCAGAAUUUGUAACGGAUCCUGACGAUCCUCUGAAGGAAACGGCCAUAUCAGACUUCCUUCGCCAGCGAACCGCCAAGUCCAGACCACUGUACACAGGCGACACCGUUCAGACUGAGCUCGAAGUCUUCGCUGUAACGCGAGGACAGAAAGCUACUGCUGAUAAAGCAGUAGCGGAGGGCAGAAUGGAGGGCACAUCCGCUAAAAGGCAAUACGCGAAAUCAGCCAGCAUCCCAAAACCUCUCAAAAGGCCUAAUUCCGAUAUCGAAGAAGAAGAAAUUGACGAAUUACCUGUUGAAUCCGAAGAGGAACUUAUCCUGGAUGGCGAGAGUAACAGAGAUGACGACCAAGGAAUGGUCAUUGUUCAAAGACCCAAAGAGCCUAACGAACCGACGAAUCCCAUACCAGAGCGAGUUCAGCAACUUGAGAACCCCUCUAAUAUUCGUGAUAAAUCUCCAUUGCCUCUUCCCGAUCUUAACGUGACCCCGUCUCUCAUCGACGUCGUGUCCGAAGGAGAACCGGAUGCUCGACUACCGGAUUGCUUGAAAGGCCAGUACGAAAACGAUCCUGUGUUCGGCCCUAUCGUCAAAGAACCAUCAGCAUACAAGCACUACGUCUUCGAAAACGGUCUAUUAUACCUUAAAGACGACGGACGGCUCCUUCUCUGCAUUCCCAACUUCAAAAUAGGCAAACGGAACGUCAGAGAGAUUAUCAUCAAUCACGCGCACUCAAUACUCGCUCACCUUGGUUCAAAGAAGACUAUUCGAUAUCUCCGUGACAAUGUCUGGUGGCGCGAAAUGCAGAAGGACGUAAAGGACUUCUGCGCGUCGUGUACCACUUGCGCUCACACGAAAUCAUCCACGCAACAUCCCUACGGUCUUCUACGCACUCUGGAAGUCCCGACUCGUCCUUGGCAAGCUAUUGGUAUCGACUUUGUCGGCCCUCUCCCCAGCUCAUCCAACCGCCACGGCAGUUUCGAUAUGAUCUGUGUUGUGAUCGACCAUCUAUCUUCAAUGGUUCAUCUACUGCCCGCACGUCAGACCUUCAAGGCGAAAGAAGUAGCCGAAAUGAUAUAUGAAGGAGUUUACAAGUUACAUGGCUUACCUGAAAGAAUUGUGUCCGAUCGCGACUCUUACUUCACCAGUACCUUCUGGGACGAGCUGCAUAAGCUCAUUGGAGUAGAGUUACGUUUGAGCACCGCUUUUCACCCUCAAACCGAUGGCGCGACUGAACGGGCAAACCGAACAAUCACCACGAUGUUACGACAGGCGGUUUCCCCGAACCAGAAGGACUGGGUCUCGCGUCUACCUGCCAUCGAAUUUGCACUAAAUUCGGCAAGAUCCGAGACCACUGGUUACGCCCCUUUCUUCAUUAAUUCAGGGCAGAUGCCGAGGACCCUAAUUAGGGGUGGCACUACCGAAUACCCGGGUGUCAGGCGCCACGCUGAGACAAUUCGAGAGGCCAUAAUGUCAGCACAUGAUUCAAUACUUACGGCUAGAAUCAAGCAAACUAGGAGUGCAAACAAAGAAAGAUGCCCAGCGCCUUUCGUUGAAGGUGACCUCGUGUACCUGUCAACAAAGAACCUCUCGAUCCCGAAGGGAAGGGCUCGCAAGCUUGUUCCCAAAUUUAUCGGCCCGUAUCGGAUCCUGAAGGUUAUCGAACCUGGAGCCACUUUCAAAUUGGAUCUCCCGGAAGAACUCAAGCGUCGAGGGAUACACCCUUCAUUCCAUGCAUCCCUACUUCGUAUCCACAUACCAAAUGAUGACCGCAAGUUCCCAGGACGUUCAUUACCACAUAUCGCUGGUUUUGGUCCUCCGUCCCACUGGCCCGUUGAUAGGAUCGUCUCUCACUAUGGUUCAGGCAAGGACGCUUUAUUCGAGGUCCUUUGGAAGUCAGGUGACCGAAGUUGGGAACCUUAUCACUCUGUCAAGGAUUUAGCCGCGUUUGACGUUUAUUGCGAGGCAUUAGGCAUCACCGCCAUUGGUUCCCUGAAGAAAGGGACUGGUAGCCCUCCUGAUGAUCCUCAAAUCAGACUCGGCGCGAUUACCGUCUCAAAGAAAGGCGUUAAAAGAGGACAUUCUAUUCCCCACACUUAUCUUCGUCAAACUUCUUCAAAACCCCUUCCCCUCAUGUUCGCAGAACGAGAAGAGGUUGACUGGAGUGAUUCUCCUAUUGAACCCACCGUGCCUAUCAUUAACGCAUCCAGUAAUCCUAACGAGCCUAUCUCGGUCAGAAGCGUUCCUAUUGACCAAGGAUUCCUCCACCGUCGCCGUAUCAGUGACGGGUAA